CGUUUCGCGUCGAAACGAAACCAAAUUUCUUUUAACUCGACGUGUUAAUGAGUUAGAAAACAAACUUUUGGGACAGAUGAAGACGUUUCAGUUUACGGCUGCUGGAAAACGGUGAUAAUCAAGGUUGCUUGUCACGAGCGUCCAUCGGUAGCGAUGACAUUGAGAGCUGCGGACAGUUAGACUGUCUGUUAUAACGUUAUUAAGGUUAAAAAAAUAAAUAAAGUAUCAUUAAUGUCCUGUAACAGUCAUUUCUACAUUAAAAUGAGGAAGUAUGAGUAGUUUAGGUAGCUGUCAGCUGUGUGAUUAAAGGAGUGAAUCAAGGAAACUGUCGAUCAGGAAGUGUUGCGCUGCCAGCAAGGACGAUGGUUUUACUUUAUUAUUUAAAGAGCAGUCGCUUCUGCUCUCUUACUUUACACCUGACACGAAACUUUCAGGUCUUCAAACAAGCUGGACACUCAGUGAAGAAGACAAACUCCUCAACGAUCAGCUGUCACAGGACAACUAACUCUGUUUACUACAGAGACCCUCAGACAGCUUCUCCUCUCUUAUUCUGCAGCAACGGGAGGACCACGUGUUUCCAAACUGGUCCAAAAACCAUUUCACCUCUGCACACUGGUCGUGUACUGGGACUCUGUGGACACCACUUCCACACCUCGGCCCCUGUGAGGGCCCUGCCUGCUCCUCUCAUAUGGAUGGUGCUCAAACCUCUGCAGAAGGUCGUGGCUGUAAUACUGGGCAGGAGUAUAAGGAAGUGGUGGGUUGCUUUACCGGACAACCGCAGGGAGCUCAUGCGCGAAUGGAUCCGGCAGCACCGAUGGCAUCUGGCAGCGGGGGCAGGCGUUGCCAUGGCGAUUAUAGCCCUGCUUCUUCUGACCCACCUGGAUGAGUCCCCGGUGACGGGACGGACCCGCCUCCUGGUGUUCAGCAGGGAGAACUACAUAGAGCUGGCAGCUGUGACUUCAGAGGCGUACAUGGAGGAGUUUGCAGAGCUGUUUGUUCCAGUCACUGACCCUCAGCACCAGGUGGUGGAGCGGGUGGUGCAGCACCUGGUACAGAGAAACAAGGACAUCCCUGAAGUGUCCGAUGUCUCGUGGACCGUCCAUGUGGUGCAAAGUCCCAACGUCAAUGCCUUUGUCCUGCCGAACGGGAAAGUGUUCAUUUUUACUGGGAUGCUGGAAGCUGUGGCAGAUGUUCACCAGCUCACCUUUAUCCUGGGACACGAGAUGGCUCAUGCUCUGUUGGGACAUUCUGCAGAACAGGCCAGCCUGUCUCAUGUCGUAGACCUCCUGUCCCUUAUUCUGCUGACAGCCAUCUGGGCCGUGUGUCCUCGAGACAGCCUGGCACUGCUGGGACAGUGGGUACAGCACAAGCUUUCCCAGUUGAUGUUCAGCCGUCCCUUCAGCAGGAAACUGGAGGCUGAGGCUGAUAAAGUCGGAUUGCAGCUGGCUGCAAAGGCGUGUGCAGAUGUUCGAGCAGGACCUGUAUUCUGGCAGCAAAUGGAAAUCAGAGACCAGCUGACAGGAGAGCCCGCCUUCCCUGAGUGGCUGUCCACACACCCAUCGCACAAGAACAGAUCCACUCAGCUGGACCGCCUCGUACCACAGGCUCUGGAGCUGAGGGAGAGCUGCGUCUGCCCUGCUCUACCUGCUACUGACCCUCGUGCUAUCUUCUCUAAGAGCGUCCGUGUGUUGCUGGAAACACAUGGGAGAAGAGGUCCAGAAGGAGCACCCAAGCCCCACCUGCCCCACAGCCCGGCCUCACUCCCCUCUGGACUGCCUGCAGCUCUGCUUGCUGAAAGUGCUCCUUCUCCGUCCCCAAAGGUGGAUCAAGAAAUUAAACACCAUGUCCCGUUUGCAACUGAAGAGUUGGGUAUAAUGUCUGUCCCUGCACCUGCUGAGGGUGAAGGAUCCCGGCCCGUGGUGCAGCACACCAGCUGACAGGGGUGUUAAAUCCUCAUAAACUUAGUUUUUUAGAGACUGGCUUUUUGGUUGAGUGAGUGAUUGUUAUAUUGGUCAGCUAGCAUAUUCAUCAGACUAUUUACCGCGGCUAAAAGUCUAUUUUUGUCAACUAUUAAAUUUCAGAGACCCUGGGCGCUCAGGUGGUAAAGGGAUUGAGUUUACACCUACCAUCAAAGACACCCAGGGGUAAGGCCUUUGCACACUGAGUCUGCUUUUUUUGUCUAAAAAUAAUUACAACCUCACAUUGAGUCAGUCACGUUUGCACACUGACUCUGAAACCUUCGUUCGUCAUUAAAAUUUUUGUAACAGGUUCGAUUUUAUGCAUUUUUCGCAUCAGUCAAUAGCCCAGAGAGAGUUGUUUCAGCAAAAAUCAGUGAAGAAAAUGUGGCUGCAGGACACAUCAGUGACAAGAAAGAGGAGCGCGCUGCAACAGUAUCCUUUCAUAACUCAGCUGGCUCACUUUUGACAGGUCAGAUAGUGAUAUUCAGGUGGAUGAUGAAGACGCGGAUGUGGCCGAGGACACACAGACAGAGAAAGCGAAAGUGUGGAGACAGAGAGGAGGACAGCUCAGUUCCUUCAUACAGCUGUGGUGCCAAAUGAUAUAUAACGAAAAGAAAGAAAAGAAAAAAAAAACGCACCAGACUCGUGUGCAAGGUUUCUAUG